AUGAGCUUUCCCCAACAUAUUCCAAGCACAUCACUUAGUUUUUUAGAUCCAAGUUUAUUGAUUGGGAAUUUAGAUUGGUUAUAUUUAUUGUCGAUGAAAGAGACAGAUGGAUUAUCAGAAAAGUCUUUAACUAAGAGUGAAGAUGUUUCUGGGUUUGAUGCCUUUCUGGAGUAAGUAGACUUUACGAGAUAAGCUUAUAUUAAAUUAAGGUAGUGAAGUAUUGUAAUUAGAGCAGAUAGGAUUAUUUUAAUUUAAUAUAGCAUUCAUCUCGAAAUUUGACUGAGAGUCUCUUGAACUCUAAGAAUGAAUAUUUUAGUAGAGCUAGUAUGAUGUUGAAUAAGAUCAAUAAGAGUAAAAUAGAGAGACCUAUUGUAAUGGCAUAAUGUAAGAAGAAGAAUCUGUAAUUUUAGAUCACGAGUGUUCAUAUGAGGUUUUUAAAUAAUGUUAAGGAGUAAUAAGUUGUUCUUCUUUGCAAUCAAAUCCAACAAGAUGGCCUUGGGGAUUAGAAGAUUUUCAUAAAUCAUUAUGUAAAUAAGAACUAUUAUCUCUUUUUUAUGAACCAGAUUACUCUAGAUAGAGCAUAGAUAAGAAUUUAUAAAGAUUAAUAAAGGAGAUUGAUCAUAAAUAAUUGUCAAAGAUAUUGAUAGAUUAUGCAUUAAGAGUAGGAACGUUUAAAUAAAUGUUGAGUCUUUGUGAUUUAAAUAUAAGAGAAAUUAUAAAAUUACCAAGAUUACAAUAAAAGAGUCAUCAUUUACAUUAUAUGAGAUCAUUAUGUGAUUAAGGAGGAUUUACAAUUACAUAGUUAUAGUAAUUUACAAAACUAAAUUAUCAUUAAAUGACAAUGACAUCCUCUUAAUGUUAUUUGUAUAUAUUAGUAAGUUCUCCAAUAGGUGGUAUGUAUAAAGUUGGAACAGGAGAGGGUGGAACUAUUGCUGGUAAGAUAUAUCUACAUUAACCAAUAAAAAAAUAAGAUGAUGUUUAAUGGGUAUUCCUUUAGAAUAAAUUAUAUCUAAAAUAAUAGAAUGGAACAUUGGAUAUUAUAUGUCCUGAAACAUUUUAAACUCUAAGUUAAAUGACAUUACAUUGUCCAGAAUUAUUUUAACAUCCUUAAAUGUAAGCAAUAAAUAAAAAUUAUCCAUUGGUUACAGAUGGAGAGAAAUUAUUUAUUAUUGGAAGAAAAUUAAAUAUUACAAAAAUAGAAGGAGCUCCAACUAAAGUUACUAAAGAGCCUGCUGCUUCUAAUUCCAGAUAAUCAAAAAAGAAAGAGACUGAAAAUUAACCAGCUGAUAAUACAAUCAAGAUUAUGGAUUUCAUUCUUUUUGAAUUUGAUUUGAAUAAACCAACAGGAAAUAUAUAAAAUGAAGAAGAAUCUGAUAAGAAAUUAUUGGUUGAAUUAUAUGAAUCAUUUUAAGGAUAUUUUAAUAAGGCAGAGAUUAGUAAAGCAUUAAAUUUGAAUAAAAAUGAUAUGUAAAAUGCUGCACAAUGGUUAGUUGAAGAAGGUGAAAAAGAAAGAAAUAAAACAACUGUUUCUGUAUCCAAAUAAACUUUAUUGUGUUAAGCUGAAAUAACUACUGACAUUUCAGCAAAAUAAGUAAAGAGUAGUGCUGAUAUAGGAUGUAAAGAGGGAUCCAUAUUAUAACCAUAAAUUAUAAGUAAUAUUAUUUGGACUAUGGAUAAAAAAUAUUUAACAGCUUACUUUGAAUUUGGAAUUAAGAUUUUUUCUAAAGAUCCAGCUGAUGAAAAAGAACUUGAUUAAGUUAAAGAUGAAUUCAAUCUAAGAGAUCAUUAUUCUACUAAAAAACCAUCAGGUUCUACUCUAUCGCUUAAAGGUACUUAUAUUACAACAGUCAAUAAAUACUAUAAUGAAUUCUAUUAGAAUCCCAAUUAUAUUGUUUCUUAUGAACAUAAUACAAAAAGGUUCUAUGUUAUGCAUGUUUAAUGGAAUUCUACAGAUUUAUAAUUCCCUGCCUUAGUUACUAUAGGAUCUGAUUUUAUUCAUAGACCUUUAAAUCUCAACUUGAAUUAAGCAACUACUUUUGAUGAAGAAGUAGUUAACUUCCUACUUUAAUAAUAAGAAUAACGGUAUGAUUAGGAAUGGAGAUUUAAUGAUUGGUAUGUUGCAUAUUAAAUAAUGCUCAAGAAUUUAAAAAGUAUAACUGAACAUUUCUCAGAAGAAGAAGUAAAGAAAAUAUAGAAUGAAAAAUCAAAAUAUAGUUAUCGUUUAAAUAAAUUACUUCAUACAAUUGAUAAUUCAAGAAGUGAAGUUGAGAUUAGAAAGGUUUAUGCUUUUUGUGUAGAAGGAACUUUUGAGGAGUUGAAACAGAUUUGGUCACUUUUCAAGAAGUUUUAUAAAAUUCAAUAUCUUUAACUUUUAUAAUAUUGGGUUUAAUAUAGUGAAAUAUCAAUCUUGUUGAAUGUUGGAAUAUAUGAAUUAUUAAAAGAGAUAGGAGAAUAUUUGAUCUAAAAUUGGUAAAGUGAUUUGCAUAGAAAUAUCUUUAUUAAAGGUUGGACUCUCUUUAUGUGUUCAAAUUCACUUUAGUUAUAGUAUCUUAGAUUAGGAGAUAAUCAAUUAUUAUAACAAAUAAUAUCUACAUAUUCAAGUAUAUAAUCAGAGACAGAAUCUGCAAUAUUAAAAUUGAAAUCCAAACAUGCUAGUUUAGAUGAGGAUUUCAAAUCAUGUAUACAUAAAAAAGGGACUUAGCGUUUGUUAAUAGAACCAUUAUCAAGAUUAUUAGUUGAAACAAUUUAGAGUACAAAAUUAUUCAAAAAGGUUUAUCAAAAUGGGUAUUUUGAAGUUUGUGACAUUUUCUAAAUAAAUCAAUAAUUUUGGAUAUUAGCAAAAGAAUGGGCAAUUCAAUGUGAUUUAAUUAAAUGGUAAUUCUUAAAUAUGCUAUUUAUUAUGGCAUUUAAUGAUAAUAAUGAAUGGGAAGUUUAAUAUAAAUUAGCAUUCAAUAUAUUAUAAGUAUUUGAAUUGGGAAUAUCCAAUAAAGAAGUCAAAGAAUUAAUAAUCAAACAUAAUUUUCUUACUCAUUUCUUACUUUAAUUAUUCCUAUCACCUGUGAUAUAAUGUCCCAUAGAUUGUAGUCUUUUAUCAGUUUUAAUGUAGAUUAAUCAAAACAUUGAAUUGUCUACAAUUCCAUCUCGAAGUCAAGGCAUAGAUCCUAUAGGAUAUAAAGUAUUUGAAACUAGUCAUCCAUAUGAAAGAUAGAAAGUGUAGACUUUUGAAGAUACUUACUUUCCUGGUGCUUUAGCUUUGGCUGUAGAAUUUGAUCCAAGAUGUUCUAGUGAUUAGGCUCAUGAUUUCUUAACAAUUAAUUCUUGGUAUUCUCCUAAUAGUGGACCUUUUGGAUAAUAAACAAAAUUAAAGGAUCCUAUGGGAGUUUCAUAUAGAAUUUCAGGUAAAUUAAGUAUCAGAAGGCCUAUUUUGAUGCUUGGUAAUGUAAUUUAAGCUGAUUUUAGUCCAAGUGGAUAAGUUAAAAAUGAACAUUCACUUAAUAGAUGGGGAUUCAAAAUUACUAUUCGACCAGUUUAUGGUGAUACUUAUCAUGUGAGUAAUGUUUUACAUAUGGUAAUUUUGGAGAACAUUUAAGCUUUGUUAGGAUUCAAUGAAAAUAGAACAUAAUAUGAAGAGAAUAAUUAGCAUCUCUUAAAAUGGAAUAUAUUAAAAAAUGGAAGAGCUGGAUUUUAAUAUGAUAAACAUCUUAUUAAAGUAUUAGGAUAAUUAUCAAUCUCUAGUAUGUCUUAUGAUGAUGCCACAUUAUUACAUGAGAAUGCAGGAGCCAAUUCUUAAUUAAAAAAUAAAUAUUAAUAAUUGAAAGGAGAUUUUAUUAAAAUUAAUUAUAAACCUAGAGAAAUUCAAAAAAAAAAUAUCGAUCUUUUACAAUUAUAAUAAAAUAAAUAUCUUUAAUAAAUAUUCGAUAAAAAAGGAGAAUUCUAUAAAAUUAUUUCAGAUAUUGUUAGUUAAUUUACUGAUUCAUUUCAAUAUAGAACUGCCAAAUAAAAAUCUGCUAUGAAAGCACAUAUUGAAGAAUUUAAAUAAAUUGAAAUGCUUGUUAUUUUAGUCACUUUAUAUCAUAGUGGAUUAUUGGAUGAAAUCAACUUAUUGAAUUUAGAAAAUCAUAUAGACAUGUUAUAAGAAGCUAGAAAUGAUGUUAUUAAUUAUAUGUUAAAAGAAGUAGAAACAAUGAUUGAAUAUUAAUAAAAUUAUGAAGGAAUGUCAUUAUAAGCAACAGAAAUGAUGGAAUAAUAGAAAUUGAAAUAAAUAAAUGAGUAAAUAGAAAAUACUCUUUGGGAUAUGCUUUAAAAGAGAUUAGAAGGUAAUAGUGAAAUGAUUUAUAAAAUAUGCACUCAAUAAAAUUUACCUAUUAUAGAAAAUAAUCCAAAUCUAUCUUUAAGAUAAAUUCAUAAUAAUAUUUUAAAAAAAAUUAGAGAAUCAAAAUUAGAUUUAGUAAAUCCAUAUUAACAUAUUGUUUAAGUAAUAAAAAAAAGAAUAUUAAUUCUAUUCAAUAUUAAUAAUGUUUAAUUGGUUGGUUAAUAAUAAAUCAUUUAAAUUAAAUCCUAAUAAUCUAUUGAUUCUGGAAGUAUUAAAUAAUUAAAACCACUUGGUAUUGAGAGAUCUAUAUCUCAUUAAAUAGAUGAUAAAAAUAUUGAUAGUUAGAAAUUAUUAAAAUUUAGAUAAUGGUUAGAUAGUUAUUAAAAAUGGAAAGUUCUUCAUAAUGUUAAUUUAAAUUAAAUUUCUGCAGAAUCUUUAGAUAUUCCUCCUGUUAAAUCUGUCAUUCUAUUUCUAUAAUAGGAUGUUAAUGAAUCUUUGAUUUAAGUUAUGGAUUUACAUAAUAGAAGAUGCAUAAGAAGAAUAGCUUGUCUUAAAUUUCUAAAUGAAUUUCAAGGUUAAAGUGGAGGAAUCUUAUGUGAAGAUAUUAUGAAUUAUAAAAUCGAAUUUGCUAGUUCAAAUAUAAAAGAAAUACUUUUGUAGGAAGUAGUUAAAAGAUUAAAUUAUCUAAUGUAAUCUAUUAAAAAUGAUUAUGCUACAUAUUUAAAUUAAGCAAUUACUUAAUAAAUUGAUGGAACAUUACUUGAAUAAUUAAAAGUCAUAUGUAUGACUUUAUGUGAAAUUAAUUAAUUAUUUUAAGUAGAUAAUAACAUUUUAUGGAAAAGUAGAGAACAUGAUUAUAAUCCUCACUUUAAUCCUAUAUUUAAAUAAUUCUUAAAUAAUAUUAUUAUAACUGGAUUAUUAAGUUUAGCUUUUGUAAAUUUGGAUCAAUAAUAUUAAUCUGUUGCUAUUUUGAGUUAAAAUAUUUUAAAUAAUGUUAAAGAGACUUUAUACAUAAUAACUGAUAAUUUGAUGACUGAUGAUAUUCUUUAAUAAUUGAUAUAAAUAUUGUCAUAAGAAUUGGGAAUAUCUUUAUAAGGAAAUGAAAUCAAUUGCAGAUUACUAACAAAAUUGUAUGAUUUAAUAGGUGUUAAGAGAGUGAAUUUCUUACUUACUAAUAUUUUGGAUUGUUUGAUAAUUCAUGAAAAUUAAGAUGUCCCAUCAUCCUUAGUGAAAUUGAUUUUCUAUAUCUUAAACCAUACUAAUACUCCAUCAACAAUGAGAUUAGCAAUUAGAAUAUCAAAGUAUUUUAACAAUAUCAAUCUUAAUAAGAUCAAAUAUACUCCAAAAUAUUUAUGGAUAUAUUAUGAGAAUUGUAAUUAGUAAUAAAUUAAAGUCUUAUAAGAAAAUAAAGAAUUAUAUUUUAAUGAAGUAUUAAUAGAAAGAGUAGGAUAUAUGAUAUAAUAAGGUGAAGAUACUGAUAAUUAAAAUAUUAAUAUAUUGUUAUAAAAUGAAUUAGUGAAUGUCUAAAAAAAGAUGAUUAAUUCAUCAAACACCAAUUAUGAUUAAAAUAAUAAUUAAUAAUAUAGAGUGAUAUUACAUUUAUGUUAAGAAGAAGAAAUAUCUAUUUUACUAAAAAUUUUAUAUUGGUGGGAAGAAUUGUAUCCAAGUAUGAAAUUAAAGUUACCUCAAACAUACUAAGAAUAUUUGGAUUUAAAGGAGAAGGAGAAAAAAAGAGAAGAAUAAAAGACUUAAUAAUAAGAAGUAAUUGCAUAAUAAACAGAAUUUUAAUCUUAAAGACAACAAUAACAAUAGCAAUAUAAAUUAUUAGAGAGAGUUUUGAUGACUUAGCCAGAAAUCUAAUAACAAGAUUAUUUAUUAGGAUGGGGAUUCAAUUAUAGUAAUUUAUAUAGUGAUAUGAAGAAUGGACCAUCAGAUAAUAAAAAACACUCAUCUGGAAGAGUGAAAAAAUAAAUAAAGAAAUAUUGGAGACCUUUGAAUUUCUAAGAAUUGGAAAGAUUGUAUGAAGAAUUAUAUAAAUAAAAUGAAGAUAUCAAAUAAUUUCCAGAUGAAUAAGCAUUUUUGAAAUAAAGAAACUUUAUAACAAGAAUACAUUCACAUUUAAAGGAAAUAAAGAAUUAUGGAAGUUUAUUAACAGUUUAUGGUUGUAUUCCUUUUAGUGAAAUAUUUACACUCCAAAAAGCAUAGGUUCUAAUUGAAUUAAUAUAAUCAGCAUUAAAUGGAACAUUACCAAAUAUACCAAUAAAUGAUUUAUCUGAAGAAUUCAAAAAUAAGGCUGAUCCAAAUAAAUAUAUUCUUAUGGGAGCAAUCAAAGAGGUUGCACCUCCAAAAGGUAAAUCAUAACCAUAAAAAGCACCUACUUAAAUUCCACCAUAACCAACAAGUGGUAAAUCAUAGAUAUCUGUAAGUGUUUGUGAUGUUUAUACAUUCUAGUCUUUUGAAUUUAGAAUGGAUUAUAUUACCUUAUUACCAUAUGGAAAUACAAGUGUUAUCUUUUAUAAUGAAAUCAAUAGAAGUUCAUCCUUCACAUAAUAAUUAGUAAAUGGAUAAAUAAUUGGUUAAUUGAUUUAUGAACUUAGUCAAUUAUUAUGUCAUUAAUAGAUUGAUAUUAAUAAUUAAAGUAAGUAUUACAAACUAGGAUAUACUACUAUUUUAUCAUAAUAAUUAAUAUAAAUAGCUCCAGGAAUCCCAGUAUAAAUUAAGAAACACAAAUCAUAUGAUAAAUAAUAUGUUGUAUCUGGUGGAGACUAUUGUGGAUAGAAAGAACUUAGAUUACUAUCAAAUAAUGAUGAUAAACUUAAUUUAUAAGUUGUAAAAUUAGAUGAAAUUGAAUUAAUAUAAUAAGAUAUCCCAUAAUAGAUAACUCAAGAAUAGAUAUUAGAAUUGAUAGAAAAAGAGAAUGAUAAAUUCAUUUUAAGAAAUCUCUUCAUUAUGGCAAGUAAAUUGGAAUGGAAGGGAUAUAAUGUAGAAAAAAUUAUUAAUAAAAUAUUAAAUUUGGCUACACUUUAUUAAGGAGAUAACAAGUUCAAUUAAGCUUGGGAACGAUUAAUUGAUAGUAAAUUAUAACCUAAUUAUUUCUUCCCCAUAGAAAUCCCUAAGUCUAUUACAUUCUUACAAUAACUAUAAUAAGUUGAAUAGGAAGAUUGUAAGAUUGAGCCUUUUGUAGAAAAUGUUGAUAAUACAAUUAUAGUUGGCAGUACCUACAUGUAAUCGUUGCCUGAAGCUUGCAUUGUCUCAAAUGAGUUGAAAUUAGUUCAAUAUUGGGAGAAGAAUAUCUUACCUAAAAUAUAUGAUUAUGUCAAAGGUUCAUUAAGACCAUAUGAGAUAGAAGAUUUCUUUGAAUAAAUACGUUAACAAUUGAGAAAAGGAGAAUAAAGUAGAGCUUUAGAAAUAGCUUAUAUUGUAUGUGAUCAGAGAAUGCCAAAUGGUGUUAUAAUACCUGAAUCUAAUCAUGAUUGGAGUACAUUAACAAUAGAAGAAGUAUAAGCUGGACAAUAUGUACUUUGUAGACUUAUUGAUAAAACAUCAGAAUAAUUAUACUCUAAAGAAUAUUUACAUUAUAAAAAGUAAGGUUAAACUUUUAUUUGUGGACAAAUCAUAGGUGUUGAUUAAAGAUCAUCUUCUGUAUUGAUUACACAUAUGGAUAUUAAUAAUUCACAACUUUAUGCUACUUGGUUUCCUGUAAGUGCAUUGAAAUAGGUUUAAUUAUAUAUUCCUCCAAAUGCUAAUGCUUAUUAAUAAGAGACUAUCUUAAAAGAAUAUAAUAGAGAAUUAGAUUUAGAAUUAAGUAAAUAAGCUAGAUAAUUGUAUAUUUUAUUAAGUCAAACUAUCAAUAUUGAUCCUAUCAUCUAUUUAUAAUUGGCUAUGCAAUUUGAAGGUUCAUGCAUUAAUGGUUGGCUUACAGAAUAAUUAAUUGAUGAGAAUACAAAAAUAAACUAGAAAUUAAAUCAAUUUUUAUAGAAUCCUGAAUUAAUAUUUAGUUGGUUAUUUAAAUCUUUUGAUUAAAUUCAAUAAUUUGUUCAUCAAAAUAAAUUAUUAUUGGAUUUAGUCAAAUCACAAAAGAAACCUAUAGAACUCAAUUCUGACUUAGAUAUUGCUGGUUUGGCUAUUGUAUUUAAGAAUGAUGCAACUUUAUGUACUUGUUCUGGCAUCAAUUUUUAUAAAGAUAGAUUGGGUAUCAACGAUUUUUAUACUAUAAGCAGUGGCAAAGAAACAAGAGGUAGAUUAUCUCCUAUAGUAUUAAAUUAAAAGAAUGUUUAUUGUGAGUAUUAUUUUAAUGGAGAAGCCUUACCAAUCUAUUAAUAAAAAUCAUGUGUAUCUCGUUUACCUUGUGUUGUCUAUAAAAUUCCUACUUUAUGGAAUACUGUCUGUUAUGUGAUAGAUUAAAUGAGCACAAUUUUCAUUAAAAACAAAGACAUUCCUAAUAUGAAGAAUAUCAAUAAUCUUUUAGAAAAAGUAUAUGAAUAAUAACCACAUAUUCUAAAUCAAUCUAUAAUAAAAUUAUUAAUUAGAAAUAUUCGCAAAUUGUAAACUAUUUCUAAUGAAACCUUAACAGAUGAUUUAUUAUCAUAAUUAGUUAAUGAUGCUGUCAAAAUUUAUAAUAUUUAAAAAGUAGAACCAAAUGUUUUAUAUUCAUCUUAUCUCUAAGAUAUUACUGAACUAUUAGCAGUGGCUAUUCCUAAUAAGACUAAACUAUAAAUUCCAGAUUGGUUAAAUGCUUAUCGACAUUUGAUUUAAAUUGCAGAAUUUAUUAAAUGUGGUAAACCUUUAUACAAUGAAUAAAUUGAAUAAAUUAAUGGAAUGUUAGAAUCUAAUUAAUGGGAACAUUUAAUUUAUAUGUAAGAAUUGCCUUGUGAUAUUUAAGAUAUAUUACAAGAACAAUUAGUAAGAAUAUUAAAUCCUUAAAUAGAUUUAUUUAGAAACUAAAAUUAAACAAUUAUUUUGAUUGAUGGAUUUUAAUAAUUAAAUUUAGAGAAUAUUGAAAUAGAGUUGCCUCCUGAACCUAUCUAAGAAGCUGUAAAAUUAUGGGAAUGUGAAAUAUGUACUUUUGCUUAAAAUUUGUGGGAUUCAUCAUAAUGUUCUAUGUGUGAUAAUCCAGCACCAGCCAACAAAAUUCCUUAUAAAGGAGGAGCUGAAGAUUAAUCUUAAUAAUAAGAAUAAUAAUAAAAUUAUACAAAUAUUGAUGAAGAAGAUGAAAAAGCUGAUAAAAGAGAAUAGUAACUUUUUGAAGAUUUAAUUGAAAAUAUUCAUGAUAAGAUUAAAAAGUAUUAUGCUGAAAAAUAAAGGGAGAAGGAAUAAAAAAUGAAGUAAAUUAAUCAAGAAAUUGAAGCUUAAUAAAAUUUAUUAAAAUAACUAAAUAAAUAAUAAGAAAAAAAAUAAAAAUAAUAAGUAUAUAAAUCUAAGUUCAAAUAAAUUAAAUAACCAUAAUAAUAAUAAUUAUAAUAAUAAAAAAUUUAGGAUUGUCAAUUAAAAUUAUAAAAACUAACAUCUGAAUUAUAAGAAUUAUAAACUAUUAAACUUGAAAACAAUUUCUAAAUCUAUUCAGGCAAAUAAAUAAUUGAAAAAGCUACAUCCUUUUUACAAGAAUUCUUAUAAAACAGAUUAGAAUAUUUUAGAAAAUAAAUCAAUCCUUAAUAUUUAGAAGAAAUGAGUUGUAUGGAUGCAAUAGAAAGUUGGAAAUACUUAGAAUCAUUAGGUUAUGAUUUCCAUUAUUAAUUAAUUAACAAUCCAAAGACUAUUGAAACUUUACCAAUUUAAUAGAUGAAACAUCUUCUUAAAUUAAUUGAAUUUGAUAUUUGCAAAGAAACUAAAGCUGUAAGAACUUACAAUCCUAAAAAUAUUAGGAAUCAAAUUGAUGAAUAGGCUAUUAAUUAUUAAGAUUUUAUUAAUUGUUUAACUAAAUAUUAGGAUCUUGUUAAUGCUCCAUUAUUAGUUAUUAGGUAAUCUUGGGCAAUCAUCAAAUUAUUUAAUCGUUAUUUAGAGACUUGUGGUCAAUUUAUUAAUAUGGAUGUUCCAAUUGGUACAUCUUAAUAAUUCCUAUAAAAUACAAACUUUUUGUCAAUGGGCAAUUAUAUGCAAGUCUUACGAUAAAUUUGUAUGACUCCUACAAAAGUAGAUAUAGUUUAGAGAGUUCUAAAUAAAACAAGUAUUAGUAGAGACUCACCACCAAAGAUUAAUGUUGAACGUAUACGUUUAGCUAAUCGAAAUGGAAAAGUAAAUCAAUAAGAUUACUUAUUUACUAUGGCAUAUGAAUAAAUGAAAAAUAUACCUCCUACUUUAUUAAGACCAAUAAAACCAUAAGGAACUGAUCCAUUCUUAGCAUUUGAAGUUAAUUUCAAAGGUGAGGAUGUCUAAGGAGAAAGUGGACCAUAUAGAUAAUUUUUUGCUGAUAUUAGUAAAGAAUUAUAAACAUCAUCAUUAUUAUUAUAUCCUUCAACUAACAAUUAAGCAAAAUUAGGAAAUCAUAAAGAUAAAUUUGUUUUGAAUCCUAGUGCAAAAUCUAAUUAUUAUUUACAUUUAUAUGAAUUCCUUGGAGUUUUGAUGGCUAUUGCAAUUAGAACAGCUACUCAUUUCUCUUUAGAUUUACCAUCAAUAUUUUGGAAAUAAAUUGUAGGUGAGAAAAUUACAUUUGAAGACAUUGAGUAAAUAGAUGCAACAAUGUGCAAUUUAAUUAAUUUUAUGUAAGAAUGUCCUGAAUCAACAUUUGAAGAGAAUAUUUUUGAAAAUUGGGUUACUUUGAGAACUGAUAAAAGUAUAUAGGAAUUAAAAGAAGUAAUUUUAUAUAUUUUAAUCUAUUUCUUUAGAAUGGCAGUAAAAUACCAGUUAAAUAUGAAGAAAGACUUGAGUACAUUAAAAAAUUAAUAGAAGUCAAAUGCACUGAAAGUGAGUUGUAAUGUGAAAGUUUAAUCAAAGGAUUAAUCAAAAUAAUUCCUUCACCUUUAUUAAAUUGUAUAUUUCUUUUUAUAUCAUAUAUUAGGGGUAUCAGCAGAAGAUUUAGAAUUAUGGGUUUGUGGAAGACCUAUUGUAGAUGUAGAUCUGUUAAAGAGACAUACAAGAUAUUCUGGGGACUUAAAUGAAAAUAGUGAAAGAAUCAAAUUCUUUUGGGAGGCACUUUAUGAAUUAUCAGAAUAAGAGAAAUUGAGAUUUAUUAAAUUUUGUUGGGGUUAAGAAAGAUUACCUGCAAAUGAUGAAGAAUUUGAUAGAAAUUAAAUUAGAUUUAUGAUAAAACCUUCAACUGUUCAUACAAAAUAACCUAAUAAAGCUUUGCCAAAAGCAGAUACUUGUUUCUUUAAUUUAGAAUUACCAAAUUAUUCUAGCAAAGAUGUAAUUAAAUUAUAUAUUAAAAUAUAGAUUUUGAAGAAGUAAUUAUUAACAGCCAUAAAUUUGGAUUGUGAUAGUAUGAAUGCUGAUCCAAGAGUAAAUUUAGAUCCAAAUGCUCGUAAUAGACGUAAUAGGGAAGAUGAUGAAGAUGAUAGUGUAUUUGAUGGACGUGAAUGGUGA